GAGAUGGUGCAAGGGACUCCCUUCCUCCUGGUGCUCAGCAUGGCCUUGGUGGCUCCCAGCUUCUCUGCAGGAAAGUGCAUCCUGACUGGGCAUUGGGCCAACGACCUGGGCUCCAACAUGACCAUCGAGGCUUUGAAUGGAAAAGGUGAAUUCAUGGGCUCCUACCACACGGCUGUGACAGCCACCAAGAAUGAGAUCCAGCUGUCACCGCUGCAGGGCUCCCAGCACAGCACAAACAGUAACAGCCAGCCCACCUUUGGCUUCACUGUCAACUGGAAAUUUUCAGACUCCAUCACCGUCUUCACGGGCCAGUGCUUUGUGGAUGAGGAGGGAAAGGAGAUUUUGAAGACCAUGUGGCUCCUGCGGUCACGUGUGGACAACCUCAAGGACGACUGGAAAGCCACCAUGGUCGGCACCAACGUCUUCACCCGCCUGCACUCAAGGAAGGAGUGA